UUAGUGUACACAUGAUGAACUUUGUUGGGUGGGUAAUUUGUUCGCUUUACGUAACAUGGUGCGGCGUGUUGGAAUUGGCGGAAUGGGUCGAAUGGGUAAUAGAUGAAGGGAGUUGCACUGCAAUCAUACGUUCGCCUAGUUGUUAACGAGAGUAUGUUGCGAGUGGUCUGGAGUAACUUGGAUACAUUGUAGUUUAAGAAACAAUGGCAUUGGAAGAUUAUAAAGAAAUUGUUGCCAUGGCAGCAAGCUUUAUGACAAUUGCUCAGUUUUUUGCAGGAAUGUUCAUUUGCAAAGAUAUUGUGAAGAAAGGAUCUACAGAAAAUGUGUCCGGUGUACCAUUCAUUGGUGGUACUGCAAUGGGAGUUCUCAUGUUCCAGUACAGCAUUAUAUUGAAAGAUCCAGCCAUGACACGUGUGAAUGUUGUUGGCUUUUCCCUUAAUUUAUGUUACCUGCUCUGCUAUUAUAUAUAUUCUGAGAAUAAGAGAGAAGUUCAGAAGCAGGUAUUCCAUGCAACAGCAUUUGUGGCUGCCUUAAUUGCUUAUGUAUUUUGGGAGAAUCCUGACUUGGUGGAAGUCCGCUAUGGCAUUAUCAUCACAACACUCCUCAUGCUUUUAAUUAGUUCUCCACUUCUUUCACUGGGAGAUAUUAUUCGGACGAAGAGCACUGAGACGUUGCCAUUUCCUUUGAUUUUGUCAGGAUUCAUUGUUACAUUUUUAUGGCUUCUUUAUGGUGUAAUAAUUAAGAAUCCAUUCAUUCAGUUCCAGAAUGUAGUGGCCUUUGCACUCUUUGCAGUACAGUUAUCUCUGUUUGCCAUCUAUCCCAGCAGACCUAAAGAGAAGGAGAAGAAGAGAGAGUAAUGCUUGUUUUGGGACUAGCUCUUCCAGAUUUUACUGAAGGCUGCAAUAAAAAAGAAGAAAGAGUUUUACUGUUCCCAUACAGUCACCAUAGGAUUGAUAAGCUGUGAAGCUACAAGCAUGAGAACAAUAAUGGGGAGAUGUUUUUAUCAGUUAAUAUUUUAUUAUCCAGUGAAUUAAAAAUAAAACAAUUAUUUCUUUGACCUUUAAGCAACUUUGUACAUUGUUAUAAUAAUUUUAUCAUGUCCUGAAUAUGAAUAAUAUUAUAUCAUUCUAAGUGUGAAACUCGUUAUUACUCUGAAUAUGAGACACCCUUGAAUUGAUGAUGCAUUCAGUUUUUGAAUGUGGGGUUUAUGAAAAAAAUUAGAAAGAUGCACAUUCUAAGAAUUUUAGAUGCACCUCAAUUUUUCAACAGGAAAAAAUUGCAAAUGUGUCUUAUUUUUAAGUAAUGUGGUAUUUAAUGUUAUUUAUGACCUAUUUUAGUGAAAU